AUGGAGAAGAUAGCCUCCGAUUUGCAGGAGUCAGAAUCGAAGCAGAGGAGCCUUGGCAAAGCACUGGAGACGUUGCAGUCUCAAGCUUCGUCUGCUUUGAUGCUUUCUCUACAGUGGAAGGAUUUAGAGGACCAUUUUGAGUCGACCCGGGCCGAAAUCCAGACCCGGUUCGAGGAGCUGAAGACCCGGGAGGCUGAGAAGGUGAAAGAGUUGGAGAAGGUGGAGGAGUUGAUUGAUCAAGGUAAGAAGCAUUUGGGUUGUGUUGAGUUGUUGAUUGAGAAAAAGGGUCAUGAGGUUGAGGAGAAAGAGAGAUUGAAGAAGGUGAAAUUUGAGGAGAGGGAGGUGGAGAUGGUGGAGAGGGUGUUGGAGAAGUGUUGUGAGGAAAUCGAGGCGAAAAAGAGGGAGUUGGGUGUGGUUUUGGGGGAGAUUGAGGAGAAGAGGAAGGAGUUGGGUUUGGAAGAAGAGAAAUUUAGGGUGGUGAGGAGUGGGGUUGAGGAGUGUGAGAAGGAAAUGAGGGUGAAAGAGAAGAAACUAAGUUUGGCGAAGAAAUCGAUAGAAGAAUGUGCAAAGGUGUUGGAUGAGAAGGAGAAGAUUGUUAGGGAGAUGGAUGAGAGAGUGGAGGGUAAGAAAUCGAUAGAUGAAUGGAAAUGUAGGCUUGAGGCAAAAGAAAGUGAGCUAGAGGGAUGGGCAGUGGGGCUUGCAUUGAAGGAGAAGCAAGUUAAAUCGAAAUGGAAGGAACUUAGUAUGAUUGAAAAGAGGGUCUUGAAGAGUCUUAGUGAGGUUCAGAUGAAAGAAAAGGAUCUUGAUGAGCAGAAGAAAUUGAUAGAAGAAGGCAGAAAGCAUUUGGAUUCACUCUCCAAUAAGCUACAAAUGAGAGAGUGGAAACUUCGGAAUCAAGCAAAAGACCUUAAAUUGGAUAAACAAGAAUGUGAAAAAUCUACUAAAGAAUACACAGAGGGUCAGAAAUCGAAAGAGGAGCCUAAUGUCCUCCAUUCUGAAUCUGAAGUAACUUGGGAUGGUAGAGGCUUGCAGUUAUUUAUGAAUGAGCAGCUGAAGAUAAUAGAUUUAACGGGUACCAAAAUGUCAGCUGUCCUGCAAGGUUCAUCAGACCCGGCUAAACUAGUGUUGGAUGCAAUGCAAGGAUUUCAUUGCUCAAAUACAAAUAUGAACAGCAGGGACACUGAUUUUGAUUUAGAAAUUACUAGAAGGAGUUGUAUUGUUUUACUGGAGGAGCUAAAGAGAAUAUCAGCACCAAUCAGUCCUCCAGUUAAAGAAGAAGCCAAGAAGUUGGCUACUGAAUGGAAGUGUAAUUUGGCCACUGAGAAUAGGUUGGAGAUUUUGGGGUUUUUGCAGCUUGUUACUACUUAUGAGUUGACAUCUCUAUAUGAUGCAAAGGAACUUCAAAGUCUUUUAGCUUUAAUUGCUCAGCCCAAACAAGCAACUGAGAGCCAGCCCCUUGGUAUCUCUGAUGAGGCAAAUGAAAUCAGUAUCAAUCCUCCUUCUGUCAAAGAUGAGGAACAAGAAUCUUCACUGGCCAAAACAGUAACUUCUCCAAAUUUUCAACCAAGUGCCACCGUACAUGCAAGGAAAUCUCCAGGGUUCCUAACUGAGCAAAUGGUUUGGAAACAUUCAAUACAGAACAAAAUUUUUGUUGCUCUUGAAAGUUCACCAAAUUCAGACCCAGCAAAACUUUUGUUGGAUUUGAUGCAAGUAUCCUUUGUUGGAUACUGGACGAAAGGAGAUGCUGGUUUUGAAGCAAAUGCCAUGAAGAGCUUCAUUUCCCUAUUAGAGACUAUAAGAAGAGUCCAACCGCAUGUUGGACCUCAGUUGAAAGAGAAUGCAACGGAGUUAACUGUCCAAUGGAAAACAAGACUGAGAGCUGAUGCUGAAAACUCCUUGGAGAUUUUGGGCUUUUUGCUGUUUAUAGCUACAUAUGAAUUACUUUCAACACUCACUACAGAUGAGAUUGCAAAGCUUCUUGCGAUGAUUUCUCAGCAUACACAUGCUCUAGAACUAUGUCAGACACUUGGUUUUGCAGAUAUGUUCCCUCACUUCCCUGAUUUUAUUCUCGAGCUUGUUCAAAGCAAACAACUAGUUGAGGCUGUUAAAUUAAUUUGCACCUUCAAAUUAACUGAUAAAUUCCCCCCAGCACCACUAUUACAUCAAUAUGUGGAGGAUUCAUGGAAUCGUUUGAGUGAAAAUUGCAGGACAAAGAUAUCACUUGAUGAAAAGGAAAAGGUUGUAGAUUGCCAAAUAGCUGAUCUAAGAGCAGUGAUCCAAUGCAUCAGCAAAUACAAUCUUGAAUCUGAAUUCCAAUCUGCACUUAUUGAAGUACAAAUAGACGAGCUGAAAAAACUUAAGGAGAAUUGGAGACUCUCGGCACAAUCUAUUACCCCCCAGGUUGAACUACAAGAGCAGAGUAUAGGGAAGAAGCGGAGUUGUCCUACCACUCCUACACCCAUGUUUCAACCACAACAACAGCCUGAAUAUAAUGCUCAGCUGACAGCCAUAUCAGUUGCUAGACCGCCACCCUAUCCAUCGCCUACUUGUAUCCCAAGCUAUCCACAGUCACAUUCGAUACCUCUGCUGCAAACUAAUUUUGGAAUUCCCGGGCAGUUUGUUAUGCCUGUCAAUGGCCACCCAUUUGCCACGAGUUAUGGAGGCCCGUUCAUGCCAACUAUUAAGCGCCCAUGUAUGAUGAAUCCUGGAUACCAAGCCCCAGCCCCAGCCCCAGCUCCUGCCCUGGCUCCAACCCCAGUCCAAAUGCAUAGUGCUAAUUACAGUGUACCAUUCCAAUUUCCUCACCCUAAUAUGAAGCAGUUCACAGGGAGUAGGUAG